CUCUAAUCACUAACCACUCGGCGGGGGGAUCCACCAGUAUCAAGUGACGCGAACGGCUGUGAACGCAUUCAUAAAGAUUGUGACAGUAGACAUGGCAUCAUAUUAACUGCCAGGAGCACGGAGGGCGUUGCGAGAAGGGCUCUGUCACUCACUUGCCGAAACAAAGCGUUUGCCUUUGAGCUUUCAGCUCAAGUGUGACAGUCGUGCAAGUAUACCAAAGUAAGGUAAGGCCGCCACCAUGAUCCUGAGCCUUCCGGCCAACGCCCGGGCACGACACCUUGCCAAACUACUGAGAGGAAUCGACGAAGCGACGAGAGUGCUAGAAUUGGACGUCUCCAACUGCGUAGUCGCCGAUCUCAACCUACUGUUCAAGUACAUAGGUUUGCUGUCGAGCCUGCGGUUCCUGCGUUGCCUCGCUUGCCCAGUGCCGGCAUCUUACCUGCUGCCGCUGCUACAGGAACGGCUCGUCGAGCUCGAAGAGCUGGACUUCUCGCUCAUACUUCCUGAUCAGUUGAUUGGAAACGAGGUCGAGAAAUUAUCCGCGUCAUCCUGUGAGCAGCCAUUAGCCCUGGCGCGCAGCCUGCGCCGCGUGUACGCAGAAGUGAACAGUGACGAGAAUGUUCGACUCCUCUGGUGGCUACUCCGCUUCUGCCCCAAUGUGACCGAGCUUCACGUGCACGUCUUGAGCGGAGAUUUUCAGAGAAUAGUGUUUCACGUGAAUGGCAUCCUGGUCUCUAAUCGCCAGCUGCAGAAGUUCACGUUCACUUCUGACAUUCCGCCGACGGUUCAUCUGGCGUCACGCGCAAUGACAGACUUCAACGCACAAGCACUCGUCUGCGCCAACGUCCGUUACUGGGACUUGCUCGAUUCUUGCUGUUGCGUCUGGCUUCGCGACUUCACGCUGGAUACCCCGAGCGAGGAGCUUUCGUCGCAGCUUGUCGUCGUAUUCACUGACGAAGCCGAUGUCCUAGCAGAAAGAAUAAGUGCGGCCGUUCGAGGACGCGUCUGGACGGCCGUCCGCCAUCUCUGUCUUGUCCUUCUUCCGCAGCACCCAUUCGGCACCGAGCCCCACCCUAUGGCCGAAAUCGCGUACCUCCGCGGUCUCCGAGAGUUUUUUCCCGUCCUCCAGUACCUCGUCGAGCUGAAUGUGAAUUCGUUUCACUUCGGACCGGACGUCGACCUGACGCAACUGCUCUGUCACGCGAAACUCGUGUUCUUGCAGGCGCUUUCGACGGCACCUUGCGGGCUGCACCACCCCCGCGCGGUGCAUCGGCUGGCCCACGCCUGCCGGGAGCUCAUCGAGCUGGACAUUCGCGUGGAACAGCGGGGAACGCAGCUCGGGUGCACCGUGUGCCAGCUCACGUUCCGGCUCGAGCCCGAUGACGUGGCCGAGCUGCACGACGGCUUUCCGAGGUCUCGUUGCAGGUUCCGCCGACUGACGCUCAGCGGCGUGCCGAACCUGGCGUCUCUGCGCUUCCUCGACAGCUGCAAGGUUGAGCAACUACGCCUGGCCGACUGUCGACUUCCACUGCUCUCGGACUUCGUAGACAUUGGAGGCGUGCUGUUCAGCAACACGAACCUGCGUUGCCUCGUGCUCCGGGACAGUGCACUGCCUUUCGGCACGACCGGACUGAUAGUGAGUGACAUUAUGAGCCGCGUCACGCGUCUCCAGUACUUGUGCCUACUGACGGAUGCUCUCGCAUCCCAUGACACCGCGACGGAACACGUGAAACAACUGGCCACGAGGCUGCCGAGGCUGAACUACCUGCACGUCCACUACCGGCACAGCGUGGACGGCACCCAGCAGCAGGUCUCGUGGAUACGCUGUACGGGGCAGCAAACUGGCGGCCUCUUGAUUGCGAACGGACCUUGCGUUCUAUGCUUCACGGCCACCUUCAUAGGGCUCAACAAGCCGCGAAGACGGAGUUGAGCGUACAUGCGUGUUCUUUUUUUUUUCAUUUUUCAGCCGUAUACGAAGCUUUCGAUUCCGUUAUGCGACCACUCGAACCAACAGGGCAUCGUCGUACCUUCAACGUUGAAGCAGGCGCGUGGCUGGCAACCACUUACGUAGAACAUGUGCCCACAGAGCUAUCACCUCAGUCACCCACCGGCUUCGCAGUUUACGUUGCUUCGUUGUAGAACCUGCAUUUUCCCUAUGUAUAUAGUCUCGAGUUGGCUCAUUUUUCCAAACGCAUUGUUCUCACAUGUAUAUUGAACAGUUUGUCGUUAAACACUUACCACAUAGGCUUGACGUCUUGCACAAGGUGAGCACGUGCACGUUUGGCCACCGUGAAGGCGCGUGUUUCACUACCAAGAGGUUUUAUAUUUUCGGGAGGCUUACAGAUAACGUUGCUCGCAGCAGAAAUGGCUUGACGUUCACAUAGCUUAUAUUGACGUCAUGCAUGACUCAAAACGCCGGUUAUGGGAAUCCAGACUUGCCUCUAGUCAAACUGAACGUAAUUAGAGGACGUUUUCCUAGCUGUGCCUUUAUUUUCUGUCUUGUCCUUCAAUAUCGGACAACGGCGCUUCUGCAUGUGUUAUUCACUUUCGCGUGGAUGUCGUUUUUAUUGGCAGGCAAUGGGGCUUCGUGUGUCUACAGUGCGCACAAUAAAAUUCUGCUUUUAGGUAUUGGGCGCUGUCUCAUCUAAGCUUGUACAGUGAUUGCAAUAAAGCUUUUAGGAAACUCUGCGUGCUGCACGAAUGUUCGAGAUACGCGCGACUUCAACAAGAUCUGGGGUCAUAAUCGUACUCCCAUUCGCUUGCGUUCAUGAUCAGACCCGCUCG